GCAGAGCCUAACAAAUUGCUCUGUGGGGCAGCUUCUUUCUGCUUAGGACAUUGGACAGGAAGCUUAGGAAACAGGCAGGAUUACAGCGUGGAAGAUGGGAGGGAGGUAUUCCAGACCACUAGAUGGAAAGCAGCGCAGGUACUUGAGAGGUUGCACAGAUGCCAUGGUGAAGAACUUCAUGCCCUAUUACCAACGACAGCUUGCAGCCACUGUUCUGCGAGAGAUCUCGAGGGAGCUGGACACGCAAAGCAAACCCACUCUGCAGCUGCUGCAGAGUCAAGUCUGGAAGCCACCUAACAGUCUUCUACAUGAGGGAUUCCUGACCCAGUAUCAUGAGGACUCCCACAAGUGGAAGGAAAAUUAUUUCAUCCUGUUGGGAGAUUGCAGGCUGGAGUGCUUUGAUAGUAAAGAGGCCUGGGGGAAGGGCUGUGAGCCCAGAGAAUCCACUACUCUGACUGGGUACUUGCUGGUGACCACACAGAGGGAGUACACCACACUGGUUAACGAUCUCUGCCAGGGAUUUGUAGGUGAUUACUCCCAUGAAGACCGAGAUGCUUUAACUGACCCACCAACAGAGUUUCUGCUCUUCCUCUACCACCCGCUCCGAAAGCAUCUUUGUCUUUGCACAGACUCUGUGGAAUCCCAGCAUACCUGGAAAUCUGCCCUUCAAGAUGGGAUCCGAUAUUGCAGUACAGUUUUACAGAGGAGGGACGCUGUGGAGGUUGAAGCGUUCUUGGAAGCUGUGCGGUUUUACAGGCAAGGAAAAGGCAGCUACAAAGUUGGGGAUCUUCUCCUGGGAACAGAACCAGAGAUUCUCAGUAAUGUGUUGGUGGAGGAUUUGUUGCCAGUGCUUCAGUCUCAGGUCCUUCCAAAUCUCAAAGGGUCAGAAAACAGGAGGAGACAGACCUGGUGUCAAUUCCUGGAGGAAGUCUACAUGCUGGUCCUCAGCCAGAUUUCUAGUGAAUUCCUGGAUUUUCAGAAGGAGAAAGAGAAACUCCAUAUUCAGCUAGAGAAGAAGAUUCGCCCUGACCUGGAUCAAAUGCUGACUUUAAAGGAUCAGAUAUCCAGAAAACUCCAAGCUGUGGUGCAGAGCCCAGCAGAGUCCUGCUGUCGGCAGGAAGUGGAGCCUGACUUGGAUUGCGUGAUGGAGGAGCUCAUGCAUCCGAUCAGCCAAGGAUUUGAUAUGGUACGUUCACGCUUUGUGGACAGAGUUGAUGAGAUGAUCACGGUUGUCCAGAGCUCCUCGACCUCUGCCUUGCAGAAGGAGUUUCUCACACUUGGGAAAAUAUCCCAGAACCCUGGAUUCAUGCAUCUCUGUUACGAGAAGGCAGAACUCUAUAAAGACAGCCUGCAGGGACUGAAGGAGAGAUUUAACUUCUACAGCAUGACCAGUUUGGUCCUCAGAGCUCAGAACCUCAUGCAGCAGCUGAUGCAGAAUUCGAUCCAUACGUUCCAGCAACUUUCAGAGCAACACCUGAGCAUGGCAAAUAACCGCAACCAGAUCACUCAGGUUCUAGAAAAGGUCAAGGGUCGGGUGCUAAAGAAAUUUGAUUACGACAGCAGCUCUAUGCGGAAGCAGUUUGCUCAGGAGUGGCUGCUUCAGAUCUUUCUUCCCUUUCUACUGAAGAGCCUGGAGCCCCAGUGUAAAUUGAAGCUGCCCAAGUAUGAAAGUUACGUGUUUGCUGACUUCAGUGACAUCAUAAACGUUGAAAAUAUUUAUGAAGAAAUGGUUCUGGCUAUAUUGAUGGAGGCAGUCAGCAAAGCCCUGAAAAAAGCCUCCAGUCAGAACAGACACAAUCUUUACAGUGACAGCUUCUCCUGUGUUCCGGACAGUGUGGACAACCUGCAGCGGGAUGCAGCCUCUGAAAUGAGGACAGGAGUCGAAGGUGGUAGUGCUCCAUCAGACAUUGUGACCCCUAUCCCCUUUCAUGUCAGAGAAACUGUGUUAGACGUGCGAGAGUGGGAAUAUGAAGGAGGCUGUGGUUGGGUUGCAAACUUUCCAAAAGAUGAAGACCAGAUCUGCCUACAGGUUUCCACAGAGGCGCUCUGUACAGCAGAAAAAUCUUUGUGUGUGUUGCCUGAUGACAGGAAUUGGAGAAACCAGGUCUUUGGCCCAGACAUGCAGAGUGAAAACAAUGCCAAGAUGGAUAACCUGAAUAAAAACAAAUAUAAUGACAAGUCAUGGACCUCUUCUACAGGCACCAAAGACCUGCAAGAACCAGACUUCACAAAGGAAUGUUUUGCAGACAAAUGUGUAGCAGAGAACUUGCAAGAGGAAUGGGGGAAAGUAGAUCAGGGAAGUCAGAGGCAUACGGAAGAUUCAGCAUGUAAUCUAGCUUGGAAUAAAGACUUAGGACAGAGUAGUAAGAACAGCAUUUCUGAGAAAAAACAAAUAUAUGGAGGAUUAGUGCAGGACCUAGAUCUCUGCAUGGAAUGUGGUGACUGCCCUGUGGGUAGAAAUACACCCUCAGCCAGGAACCACCCAGCAUCAGAAACUGCACAGUCUGGCAAAUCUUGGGACACCAAUUGGCUUGAGUCCACUUCAGUGCAGGUUACAGAUUUGGCCAGAGAAGCCAAUAGAGAAGAUGGAAAUUUAACCAAUGGAAAAUUACAUAGAACAGCAACAAGUCAUAUGGCAUCAAUUCAAUGGGAGAGAGGCAGAGCAGGAAAAGAUCAGUGUGGUUGGGAAGUUGGUACAAAGAUAGUGGACAAAGGUGAAUCCAGCAAGGGAGAAGUUUGUAAUGGACAAAUGACCCAUCUGUGCCCAUUUCCUGUGAAAGGAACGGGAGAUGUAACUCACUCACAACAGCUGCAAGUGCGCAGUGAUGAAAUGAUCCAUGAAGAAUCCUACACUCCAGAGACGCCUCCUGCAAUAAAUCUGGAAAUAGCCAAAAAUGCCCAGCAGGCAUUCAAGAAUCAUGGGGAUAUGGAUGGGCAGAUCAAAAGCAACUCUAGUGCCCUUUUAGUCACUGGGAGCUUGAGAUAUGAAGAUGUGCAAAGGACCCUCAUCCCUGAGCCCAAAGAAGCUAGAGAGAGAGCUUGCAAGAUCUCUCAGCCCCUGGAGGAGAAUGAAGAGCGAAUGCUACAGGCAGACUUCAGCGAGACAGAUAGGACUGUGUUUCUUGAGAGCCUGUCCAUAGCCAUUGAAAUGGAAGUAUUCCAAGCAGGUCUGCUAGAAAUGGAUCUUGAAGAUAAGAAACCAGAAAAAUUGUUGCCAACAGACAGUGCCUCUGAAAUCUAAGUACAGAGUCAGAUUUAACUGGCAAUAACCGGCAUGCUGCAGAGAAAUGAAAAAACCUGACACAUUCAGCUUUCCUGACAUGAGGUGAAUUCUUCACAUCCCCACAUCAACAAGGAAUUGAGACCCCCGGGGCAAAGGAAAACAUAGAGGGGACUGCAGGCCAUGUGGCCUUCUCACCCCAUGUGCCAACACCUCUACCGGAUGAGAAACUUCUGGACCUUUAGCCAGUGGCAUGGUAGCUGCAGGUCGUCUGCUGGAGUAUCUGUAUGUAGCACUGACCAACUCUUUAAGAGGAGAUGCAGCUAUUUUCAUCCUCGGAGCUGAAAGAGCAUGAAGUUUGAGCGUGCUUCUCCAAGCAACAUAAAUUGAGAAGCUGUGGAAGUAGAAAGGAAUGGACUCCCCAAGGCAUGUAAUGCUCAUGUUGUAUGAUGCACAGGCAGUCCUCAGACUUAA